AUGUCCUUCUUCCGCAUCACCCUCCACCGCUCGGCCAUCGGCCUGCCCAAGCGCACCCGCGGCGUGCUCGCCGCGCUGGGCCUCCGCCGGCGCAUGCAGACCGUCUUCCACCCCGUCACCCCCGACUUUGCCGGCAUGGUCUUCAAGGUCAAGGAGCUGGUGCGCAUCGAAGAGGUCGACCAGGCGCUGAGCAAGAAGGAGGUCAAGGCCGAGAGGACGCCGGCGAGGGGGUUCUGGGUUGAGCGUGCGGCGCCGAGACAGACUGCCAUGUGUACCAUACAUGUACGCUAG